AAUGUGCAAAUAAAGUGAAGGCAUUGUAUCUUGUUGGAAUGCGUGGAAUAGAUAAGACCACAAUAGCAAAGGCUAUAUUAACUAAUGUAAAAGACAUGUACAAUGCCUCAUGCUUUGUUGAGUGCAUUGAAAGUGGUGGUGAUUGCUAUAUAACUUCUUGCAAUAUUUUAGAACAAUUUAAAGUCAAAUCAAAACCAAAAGACAUAAAAGAAGUUCAAGAAAUGUUGAAAUCAUUCUUGAAGGAGAACAAAACCAUCUUGGUCUUUGAUAAUGUGAAGAAUCAAAGUCAAAUUGAAGAUGUUGUACCUAUAGAUGACCUAUUUGCAAGCAAUGGGAGCACAUUGAUUGCAACAACUCGAGAUUCAAAAGCAAUAAAGUAUUGUGGUAAGGAAGUUCAUAAAAUAAAUAUUGAAGAACUUGAUGAAGAAACAAGUAUGAAGUUGUUUAUCACACAUUCUUAUGGCCAAGAAAAUCUACCCAAUGAACUUAUUGAGGUAGGCAAAAAAAUUGUAAGAGCUUGCAAUGGCCUACCAUUGAGUUUGAAAGUUAUGGGAGCAUUUUUAAGAAAGAAUAAGAGGUUGAGAUGUUGGGAGCAAGCUUUACAAAAGUUGAAAAGGGGAAGAGAGUUGGAUGGAGAUGAAAACAAUAGUAAUUACAAGAUUUGGAAGAUAUUAAGAGUGAGCUUUGAUAAUUUGAAAGUUGAAGAGAAGAGUAUGUUUUUGGACAUAUGUUGUUUCUUUUGUAAUGAUGUGUGUCCACAAGGCAUGUUGAAAGAAAGAGCAUUGCGAAUGUGAACCAAUAGUCAAAAGAAUAUCUUUGGAGAAGAUGUAGAAUUGAUGUUAGAUACAUUGAUUAAUCAAUCAUUGGUAAAAAUAGACAAAGAUGGAAUUAUAAGAGUAUAUGAUCAACUACAAGACAUGGAUAGAAACAUUAUUGAAAAUGAGAUGGAGUAUAAAUACACAAGAAUGUGGAACUUAAAUGUAGAUUCAUUUCAUGGAUUAGCAAACAAGGUCAUUUUACUUAACUAUUAAGUAAAUGACAUGUAGAAAACUAAUGAUAAUAAAAACUAAAGCU